GAUGUUUUUCUGAUCAUGGUUUGUAAUCACAAUAAUAUAGUUUAUUAUUUGUUACUUUAGAACUCUUAUUUAAAGAAUGCUCAAUUAUAAUUUAUUUUACUCUAGAUAUAAAAAAAAUUUAAUUGGUUGUUACGUACGUAGUGGAAAAAUUAAAUACGAUAUUGUAUACGUGGACCUUAUAUUAAAUUCUCAAUUUUAUACUGUGAUUCUGAUAUUGUAAUUUAUAAUAGACAAGUUGGAAACUAAUUAUAUCAACAUGUCUAAAACAGUUUAAAAUAUUGCUGUUGCCAAAAGUGCUUAAUUAAUGGGUACGUUGAUAUUUGAUUGUUGUUGUGCUGUUAUUUUUUAGAUGUAAUAAUAAUGAGACCGACUUACACUUGGUGAAGAUUAUGCCCUAUUGUUUAUUGUGAGUGACGUCAAACAGAUGUCUAAGUUUAAAGAUAGUACGCGAAUAUAGUUAACAUGUGAUGAAGAUGAUACAGUAAAAUUUUUUUACUGUCUAUAGAUGCUGACUGUAUUAGUGUGUAGUAAUAUCUGAGUAAUCGAUUUUGCAGGUAGAUAGUUUACCAGAAGUGAGAUUAUACAACAUUUUUUUAACAUUAACAGGGUUUUCCAUUCUAAUUCUAUUUUCUGUUCCAAGCCUAAAGGAGAUAAUUAUUGAUGGUGAAAUAAACAUGGAUUUCUGAAAGAGUUUAUCCAAUGAUUCUGCAAAAAAAAAAUCGAGGAUCGAAACAAGUAAAAUAUGAGGAAAGCAUUCCUCAUACUGUAACUCUGUAACAUCCCAAUUUACAGUAACAACGACAAAAGAUGCCAAUGGUGUCACAUUACAAAUGUCAUGAAUAAUUAUCACUGGGUUCGAAUGAGCAAAAAUCAUGUACAAUGAAGCCUUCAAUAAUAAUAAUAAUAAUAAUAAUAAUAAUAAUAAUAAUCCAGAUAAUCUAAACAAAAGAUUCUUUUCUGUCAGACAUUGGCUAACCAACCUGUUAUCAACGGAAAAAAGGUGCCUCAAUUAUAAGGGGAAUUCUUAUAACAGUUGUACUGGACAAAAAUCCAAAUGCAUCAAUUGUUUCCGAAUACAAUAGGAAUAAAUUUAGUUAGAUGUUGUAUACGUAGAACACAAAUUAUUAUUUGACUAGUCGCAAUAUGAAUAUAUAAAUAUAAUGUUAUUAAAGUCAAAGUUUCAAUCUGAUUUCCUGUGGUGUUGUAAGACAAGACAAGUGUGAUCCAAAUGCGGGCUUCAGGAUGCUUCAUAAACUGUUUAAAACAUUGGUGAUACUAAUAAUGCUUAGUUUGAUGUUUACAUUUACAGUAGAUAUUUGUGGUGCUGUUAUUGUUUUUGAAGGUGUUCCAUCUGGUGGCAAAAUUAGGCUUGGUGAGGAUUAUGCAUUAUCCUGUGUUGUUAGUGGCAUGGUAAACGAGGAACUGACUUGGUUUAAAGAUGAUACUCAAAUACAUUUAACAGAAGAUAUGGAAGACGCAAGGAUUUCUAUUGCAAAAAAUGAAUUAUCUAACGGAAAUUUCUCCACAUUAUUUAUAAGCAAUAUAAUACGAAGUGAUGCUGGACUAUAUCAAUGUGUUGUAAUAUCUCAAAGAUCUGGAUUGGUGUUAAAAAAAUCACCAGAAGCUCUAUUAAUUAUCCUUUCUCUACCAGCACCAGACUACCCAAUUUGUUCUCAGCCAGAUCCUCAAAUAGUUUCUGGAUCAACGCUAACAUUAACUUGUGGUUCUGAAAUAGUUGCCCCACCAGUCAAUUUACAAUUUACUCGCAGCUCACAAAUUGUAAACAAGGGUAUAACAUUUACAGAAGAGGAUAACUUGAUUGAACUUAAACUUAGAAUAAUAACGACAAAAGAUGACAAUGGUGUCGUUUACAAAUGUCAUCAGUAUUCUUCACUUGAUUCAAAUUAUCAAAAGUCAUGUAUGAUGAAACCUUUGAACAUACAAUACAAACCUGAGAUAAAGAUACAGCAUACUAAUCCAGUAUUACCUGGACGGGAGACGAUUCUAUUUUGUCAGACGUUUGCUAACCCUCCUGUUUCACAUUACCAAUGGACAUCAGUGCCUCAAUUAAAAGCGGAAGAUAUCAUCGUCGAUGGAACAGGACAAAUAUUUAAAUUAUUACGGCCUACUUUAAAACAAAGUGGAACAAAUAUAUCUUGUACUGCUACCAAUGAAAUCGGACAAGUGUCAUCAUUUAUAGAAUUACAAGUUUCCCAAUCAAUCAGCAAGUCAGAAAAUAAUAAUAAUCCUUACGAAUCAACAAGUAAUGUAUCUGAAACGUCGAAGAAAAAUAUUCGUUUAUCACUAGAUGUUGUGAUCAUCAUCGCUGCUGGUGUUGUAAUUAUUGUUGUACUUGUUGUUCUGGUUCCCAUCUACCAUUAUUGUUUGUGUCGUAACACAAUGACAUUUGAUUCUUCCGGGAAAGAGGUGACUCAACCAGAAGUGUAUUAUGAGGAAAGAGAAGGAGUUAUUUUAAGACACACGAUACAGGACCGUUCAUUGCCUCGUGUGCCUACUACAGAAGUAUAUGGCCAUUGGAGACAUUCGACGGCUUCGCAAGUUCCCAAUGAUCUUGAGUCACAUAGUUACACGUAUAUUGAUACCGAGAACGAUUAAUUUUAUCCAGAUUAUUUCUGAAAAAUGUUG